AUGUCAGUAAAAUUGAUUGGUAGGACGUCAAAUUUGUACGGUAAGACACUCUGGGAAAUUAUAGGCAAUCUAAGAGAUGCGGGUAUUGGUCGUUUGAUAACCAGGAACUCGUAUAAUAGAUAUGACGAACCUUGUUUUUUUAGAGUUUUAUCUGUUGAACCGACAGCGCAAAUAGUAAGAUAUUAUUUUGUAACAAAUGCUUGUUAAAAUUCUUUGUCAACAAUGUUUUAUUUAAUUUAUCAUAGGAAAACAAACUUAGAAAAGUAAUUGUUCAUGUUGAGAAAAUAUUCAGAGGUAAACAUUAUAAAGAACCUGUAGAAAUAUAUAGAGUGUCUUAUAAACCAGACUACCGAUUAAUACCAAAAGACGAAGAACAAUUGUGGUGGGAUCGUCUAGCUAACUGUAAACCAAGAGAGAAGGUAGUACCUGGAUCAAUUGAAUUACCACCACUCAUGAGAGUAAGUAAAACUAUAUCAUGAUAUGUAUAAUUUUCAAAAUAAAUAUUAAAGCAUUAACUUAUUUCUUUAGUUGGUGUUGGAACGAGACAAUAAAGAAUUUAGUCCAACAUUGCCAUUAAUAAUACGCAGUGGUCGUGACAAUGUUGCUCAGUCAGAUGUAACAAAAAUUGUGCCUUAUGGACCAAGUUUUUUUAAAAAUCAACAAAGUAGUUAA